CUUCUCAAAGAAAGAACUCUCUCUCUCUCUCUCUGUUUCUCUGACAUAAUUACACCCACCAGCAAAAGCUUCUCAAUGGAAUUAAGGCCGCGGAUCAUCCUCGUACUGGCCAUGUCCGUCCUCCUCUUGUACACAAGUCCUUCUAAUUGCUCGGGAAGUCCUCCCCUUCGAGACAGUUCGGAUCGAAGUUAUUACAGCGUAAUCCGGGAGGCAGCCCACGAGCCGAGCACGGUGAACUGGAUGAGAAGCAUCAGGCGGGAGAUUCACGAGAAACCCGAGCUCGCUUACGAGGAGUUCGAGACGAGCUCGCUCAUCAGGCGCGAGCUGGACCGUCUAGGAGUUCCAUACCGAUGGCCUGUCGCGGGAACUGGCGUGGUCGCUCGAGUAGGGUCCGGCUCUCCGCCCUUUGUCGCCCUCAGGGCCGACAUGGAUGCCUUGCCGAUUCAGGAAAUGGUUGAGUGGGAACACAAGAGCAAGGUAGAAGGAAAGAUGCACGCGUGCGGCCAUGACGCUCACGUUGCCAUGCUCCUCGGCGCUGCCAAGAUACUUCAGGAAAGACGGGACCAGUUGCAGGGAACGGUCGUCCUUGUAUUCCAGCCGGCUGAGGAGAUAGGAGAAGGUGCCAAGCACAUGAUCAGGGAAGGUGUCCUCGAGAAUGUUGAGGCGAUCUUAGGAAUGCACAUAGUGAGCCCGUACCCGGUAGGUGUGGUCGCGUCCCGCCCCGGAGAGUUCCUAGCUGGGUGUGGUGGUUUCAAGGCCACGAUUCGAGGUAGAGGGGGCCAUGCCGCCUUGCCCCAGCAGUCGAUCGACCCGAUCGUGGCAGCCUCAACUUCUGUCAUCAGCUUGCAGAAUAUCGUGUCUAGGGAGGUCGACCCCCUCGACCCUCAGGUCGUUUCGGUCACCAUGAUACAAGGAGGCACAGCAUUCAACGUGAUACCGGACACGGCCACGAUAUGCGGUACUUUCCGAGCUUUCAGCAAGAAGAGCUUCUAUGCUCUUGGGGAAAGAAUUGAAGAGGUCAUAAAAGCACAGGCGGUGGUUCACCGAUGCACAGCCGAGAUCGACUUCUCGGGUGAAGAGCACCCUACAAUUGCCCCGACCGUCAAUGACCCGAGGACCUACGAACUCGUCCAUCAAGUUUCAAGAGAGAUAGUCGGAGAAGAGAACGUCGCAUUGGCUCCUACCUUCACCGGGAGUGAGGACUUCGCUUUCUACUUAAAUGAGGUUCCGGGGUCCUUGAUACUAUUAGGAAUGAAGAAUGAGAGGAUUGGAGCAACACAUCCUGCGCACAGCCCUUACUAUACUAUCGAUGAGGAUGUGCUCCCUAUUGGAGCCGCCAUACAGGCUUCGUUCGCGGUGUCGUACCUCUCGAGUUCAACACCGAACCAGAAGUUCACAAUUUGAAUAUCUAAAUCAAAGGGUUACCCUAACAUUAUGGGAUUAGUUCCAAGAAUGAAGCUUGAAUUGGUACUUGAUGGGACGAAAUUUGAGGGAACGUUUCAACAAUGCCAUAGUCCGUAAAGGCUAUUGAUUACAGACUGAUAGACGUGACGAGCACGGGCCGAAACAAGUCGUGCAACUGUCGGACAGAUCAAGGGCAAAAUGAAGGUGAUCAAUCGAUUUGUUGAGUGAUUUUUGUAAUAUUUUCUUAUGUAUUCUUUUUUAUUAUAAAGAAGAUCCAUGAUACUGAUACAGUAAAUAACUAGAUAUCCUAAUAACUAAUAAAGGGAUACGGAUCAUCCUACCACGAGAAUUGAAAAUGUAAUAUCUUGAUUGUCAGAUGAGAGUGUGUUACUGUGCGACA